UCAAAGACCCCCAAUCCACUAACGUGUAUAUAUAUUCCAAUUUGAAAAAUUUUCCACCAUAACCAUAAUUGUGUGAAAAUUGCUAGCUCCAAUCAUCUUCUUCAAUUGAGACGAUCAACAGAGCCAGAAAUUAACAAAGAGCUCAUCGAUAAAGUCUCUGCAUGGAGGACAAAAAGCAGCUCAUAUUGGUGGUUGAAGGCACCGCCGCCCUGGGUCCUUACUGGCGCACCAUAGUCUCCGAUUACCUAGAAAUAGUUAUCAGGUCCUUCUGUUUUAGUGAGUCUUUGAAACAUUCUGGGACUAUUGCUGAGCUAGCUCUUAUAAUAUUCAAUGCGCAUGGAUCUUUUAGCUCUUGCUUAGUACAAAGGAGUGGGUGGAUAAGAAAUGUUGAUUGUUUCUUUGAAUGGCUAUCAGCCAUACACUUCACCCGUGAUGGUUUUGGUGAUGCUGCAACUGCUGAAGGACUUGGUGAAGCUUUAAUGAUGUUUACUCCUCAAAAUCAACACAAUUUGGGUGUUGAAAGACAUUGCAUACUUGUGGCUGCAAGUAAUCCAUAUCAACUUAUGCAAAAAAUAGAAACAACUGAUAAUAAUGAAGCACACUCCGAAAGUCGUUUUUCAGAUGCUGAAACAAUAGCUAAAGCGUUUGCUCAGUGUUCCGUUUCUUUGUCAGUUAUAUGCCCUAAGCAGCUACCGAAACUCAAAGCCGUUUAUAAUGCGGGAAAAAGGAACCCUUCAGCAGCUGAUCCUACAAUUAAUAUUGUGAAAAAUCCAAAUUAUCUUGUACUCAUUUCAGAAACAUUCUUGGAGGCUCGUGCUGCUUUAAGUCGUCGAUCUGGAAUUACCAAAUUGCCCUCUGAAAUUCAUGGUGGUCUCACACAACAAACAACCGGUGUUCAGUCGAAAUAUGUCAAAGUCUGGGAGGGGAGUUUAUCCGGUCAGCGACAAGGCCGGUCUAUAUUUAUUACCAGACUAGAAGGGUACCGGAGUGCAUCGGCUAAUGAAUCGCUUGCAAUAAAUUGGCCACCAACAAUGCAAAUAGUUCGACUUAUAUCUCAAGAUCACAUGAACAACAAGCAAUACGUGGGAAAAGCAGAUUUUCUAGUUUUUCGGGCAAUGAAUCAACAUGGAUUCCUUGGUCAACUGCAAGAAAAGAAGCUUUGUGCAGUGAUUCAGCUGCCUUCACAAACACUUUUACUCUCUGUUUCUGAUAAAGCAUGUCGACUAAUUGGAAUGCUUUUCCCUGGAGACAUGGUGGUGUUUAAACCACAGAUAUUCAACCAGCAACCACAACCACAACCACAACAACAACAACAACAUCAAACAAAAAAAGGCUUAGACGGAAUGCCUAAAAAAAUUAAAGGUUUGGUCAAAUUUAUAAAAGAUAAGUUAGUGGGUCGACAUACUCGGGUUAAGAUUUGGGACAAAUUCAAGUGUUAGCCUGGACCCGUGUUUUGAGACCGGCUCACAACAAUUUUCAGGUUGGCAAAGAGGUCUUAAUUUUUUUUAUGGUUGAUCAACCUCUAGUUAAAAUAUUUGGAUUUUCAAUUUGGUGACGUAAUACCCAAAGCACACAUAUUCAUUUUGUAAGUUUUUUUUUUUUUUAAUUCGUACAUUUUUGUUAAUCAAUGUGUAUUUUGGAGAUAUUCAAUUCCUAUUAAAAUAUAAAUUGUAAUAGUGUUUGAAAUUUAAAAUCAAAAUAUAUUUAUCAAUGAGGUUCUUAUUUUGCAAAUGUAUGUAUGUGGAAAUGGUGUGAUCGUCAUUGGUGGUGUGAGAGGGGCGGCGAAAGGUAUGAGGUGUGGGGGCAGGUGCCCCCAUUUAUCUGACUUUGUACAUGAAAUGUAUAAUGUUUAUAUUGGAAUUAAAAAAAUAGAAGAGAAUAGGGAUGAGGGUAUGACCCGUAAAACUUGGACCGCGAAAAAAUCGGACCGGGAUUUACCUAUAACCGGGCUGGUUUCCGGUUCCAUUGAUUUCAAAAACGCAGUCUUCGGGUAAAAACCGAACCAGACUAGUGUAUAUGAAAAGUUUUUUUCUAUUAGAUCGACGUAGA